AAUAAAGUUUUUAUAUAAAAAUGUGAAACGAACAUGAACUCAAAGGUUACAUUUUAAAAAGCUUGACACGUGUUUAAAAAGUAGAUUUUUAAAAGAUUUCUUAUUUUUAUCACCUCAGACACCUUAUUUGUCAGUGACCCUGAUACUGUAUAUAUGGCCAUAUAUCAGAUUUCUGUUAGGAUGGGUAACUUUUACAAGCCCACAACAGUGUAUAAUUGCAGGUGGAAAGGUAUAAACGAUGGGGAAAGAACAUGGUUCUGUCCAACCCAAAUGAAAAGGGCGACGAGAUCACACCUGUUUCUGUAACACGGCUUUGAAAAACAGGAAUCUCCUUUAAACAUAUCAAUAGAUAAACAAUUCAAUAAAUGGGUCUGUAAACAAAUUCCUGGAUGGAAUACUUGGUAGAACAUCAUACAUGUCUAAAGGAAUAAUUAUACUGUUCUCUUAUGUGUUCAGAUGAGCUGGGACACCAAAAAUGCCCCGCCGGAAACUUGCAGUUAGAUCUCACUCUGUAAAUCUCUCACAUCUUUAAAUAAACAUUUAUUUAAUGUUGAUGUACUGCUUGAUUUAUCUUCCUUAUCUAACAGUUGUUUGGUUUGUCUGCUGUUCAUCAAGCCUGAGAGGUUGAGGUUGGCACCACUAGUGGGCAGAGUUCUCCUGCAGCAUUGAACAGGGCACACUGUUACCUGUCUCAGGUUCAUUCUCACAGAGUUUUGGGCGGAGAGCAUCUGUCACUGUUCGAGGUGGAGUCAGACUGAAGGAAGCACGACACACUUUAAGAGGGCGACAGAGAUUUCACAGUUCAAUAAUGAUCUCAUCUAUUCAGAUAUCUGUUUAAAACUUCAUGUGUGAAUUUCAAAGCAGCUGUUAUCCAGAAGAACUCGAGUGCAGUGAUCCAGUGAUCCAGUGAUCCAGUGCUCAGCUCACCGUCUUCAGACCUGCUGAGGUGAAGACACAAACAUGGGCCAGAACGGAGGACGAGCACAAUCAUGUGUCCUGUGUUUUCUGCUGGUGUCCAGCAUGUGUUUUGUAAGUGCAGAAUACUCGAGCUGUGGUGAGAAUGAAUUUUACAAUCACACAAGCAACAGUUGUCAACCGUGCCCACAGUGCCAACCAGGACAAGAGCCUUAUAUGAACUGUGGCUAUGGCACUAAAGAUGAGGACUAUAAUUGCAUUGCGUGUCCAGCGGGGAAGUUCUCUAAAGGCAAGUAUGAGAUCUGCCGUCGACACAAAGACUGUGAUUCGCUGUACCGUGCCACCGUGUUAACGCCCGGAACUACCGAGAGUGACGCCGAGUGCGGCGCAUGUUUACCAGGGUACUACAUACUGGAGAACAGACCGAGGAACAUCUAUGGUAUGGUGUGUCAUGCAUGUCAGAACGCUCCACGAAACAUCAAAGAGUGCAUGCGCCCAACACCUGUGAUCCCAGGACGAGCUCCCAGUGUGUCAUCCAGCAGCACCACUAUAUUCCCACAUCCAGAGAAAGAUCCAACAGGACAAGGUCAUCUAGCAACAGCCCUCAUUAUCGCUAUGUCAACCAUCUUCAUCAUGGCCAUCGCUAUAGUGAUGAUCAUUAUGUUCUACAUUCUGAAAGCCAAGCCGAGUGGACAAGCAUGCUGUUCUGGACAGAUAAUAAAGACGGUUGAAGUCCAAACAAAUAAGCAAGAGGAGAAGAAAGAUAUUCAAGAAAACGUCGUCAUAUAUGCAGAGAAGGAUGAAUUUGACAAGCUCAAACCCUCACCUCCAAAAACAGCGAAAAGUGAAAAUGACGCAUCAUCAGAGAACGAACAGCUCUUGAGUCGCAGCAUUGACAGCGAUGAGGAAGCCGCUCAAGAUAAACAGGGAGCUGCAGAUCUCUGUCUGAUGUCAUUAGUUCAUCUGACCCGAGAAAAGACAUGCUCCACCAACACCAUCAACAACAACAACUGCAGCACCAGCAGCAAAACCACAGGGAUUCACAGCAGGAGGAGGAAGAUCUUGGACUUGUACACAAAGGCGUGUAGUGUUGCAGAGGGUUUGAGUCCUACAGAACUUCCCUUUGACUGCCUGGAGCGCAUCAGUCGGAUGCUCAGCGCCACCUACAGCACCGAUAAAGCCGUGGUGAAGACGUGGCGACACCUCGCCGAGAGCUUCGGACUCAAGCGUGAUGAGAUCGGCGGCAUGAGCGACGGCAUGCAGCUGUUUGAUCGCGUCAGUACGGCGGGUUACAGCAUCCCAGACCUCCUCACACGUCUGGUCCAGAUCGAGAGGUUGGACGCGGUGGAGGCGCUCUGCUUCGACAUUCUGGGUGGACCCGAAAACGGAGUACCUCCAUCCAGCCAUCAUCCAAACCUGUCAUCCCGCUGCGCGAGUGUCUGACGUUCAAUCGCCAUCAUGACUCAAAUCACAUGAAGAAAUCUCGCCCUGGACUUUCACAGAUGACCAUCGGUUGAACUUCUAAUGGACGUGCUUGUGUUGAUUGAAUGGAGAACUCAGACAGACAGUGUGUUAUUGGUUCAGGAUGGGAAACUGCUCUGGACUCAUCGGGAUUGAUGUACAUUUGACUGGGCCAUUUGUCUUAUUUUGAUUCCCAUUUACUUUCUCACAUACUUAUACUUCUACUAAUGAUCUCAACUGAAGUGGAUGAACAUCGUUUAAUGGGAUGCUACUUUCCCAUCUGUAUGACAUAUCUUCUCAUAACAGAUUGAGGAAAUGUGGUAAAUAAAGGGGCAUUCACUCGAGAUCUGCAGCAACGAUGUGCUCUAAAGGCAUUGACUUUUAAUGAGAGUUGACAAGAUGAUUAGACUGUUACUUCCAAAACAUAAUCUACACAAGUAUGUGAAUGCUUUUGGCUACACAAGCUUUGAUUUCACAAGCGUUCGAAAUGUGUCAGUCCACAAGGGGCGCCACAGCGUGCUUUAGUGUAAACUGUCUUCUACAACCAGACCUCUGAAGGAAACUAUCGCCCCUUGAGUACUGAAGUUUGUUACUGCCACAGUAUCGCAAAAAUGCACGUUAAUCGGAAUUAUCCUAGAGGGUUUUAUUGUCGGAGAGAAUAGGAAACAUGGAGGAUGCCAGUUCAUUCAUGCAUGUUUCUUGAGGAACUCUUAUUUUGACACCGUAAUGCAUGUUGGUCAGUCAGCGUGCUGACGAUAACAGAAUUUUAGUCAAAUAUAUGCUAUUUUUUCUGUAUAAAUAUGCAUCAAAUGGUGACCGAUGUACGUAUAUAUUAUGUACGACUACAAAGUUUUUAAACAUAUGUUUCAAGGUAAAACAUAUUUCUGCAAAUAUUAAAACAUUUUGAAUUAAGAAUAUCAAGACAUUUUCUCAGGUUUACACCACAUGACCCGAACAAAAUGUUCCUUUUCGUAAAAAUGUCAAAUUUACCUGAUACAUUAUAAAUGUUCACACGCAGUCUUGAGGGUCCAAAGGGAUCUUCUCUGUUUUAUAACAAAAUGUCGACCUACAUGUUGGUUACACUACAUGACUUUGAUUUGGUUGACAAAAGUUUUUUUAAAUAUGAAUUUUUAACUAAAUUGCUUCAUUGCUUAUUUUUUGCACCACUCAUGCCAUUUGAUUCCCUCCCCAUCCUGUACGGCAGUUACACAACAUGACAUUAUUUUUUUACUUUAAGCCUCAGGAAAAAUAUAAAUAAAAAUGACUUUGAACUCAGUAAUUAAAAACAUGUUUAUCGGGGGGGCCUGGGUAUCUCAGUGGUAAAAGACACUGGCUACCACCCCUGGAAUUUGCUAGCUCGCUAGUUCGAAUCCCAGGGCGUGCUGAAUGACUCCAGCCAGGUCUCCUAAGCAACCAAAUUGGCCCGGUUGCUAGGGAGGGUAGAGUCACAUGGGGUAACCUCCUCGUGGUCGCUAUAAUGUGGUUCGUUCUCGGUGGGGUGCGUGGUGAGUUGAGCGUGGAUGCCGCGGUGGAUGGCGUGAAGCCUCCACACACACUAUGUCUCCGUGGCAACGCGCUCAACAAGCCACAUGAUAAGAUGCACAGAUUGACGGUCUCAGACGCGGAGGCAACUGGGAUUCGUCCUCCGUCACCCGGAUUGAGGCAAAUCACUACGUGACCACGAGGACUUAGAGCACAUUGGGAAUUGGGCAUUCCAAAUUGGGUGAAAAAAGGGAAAGAAAAAAAAAAUCACAAAAAAAAAAAACGUGUUUAUCUUUAGUUUCCCAGUCAGAAUUACGACUUAAGGUGCAACUUCCAAAUAGGAAACUCUUAUUUAUGAUAAUUCUGAUCGCACGUGAAGGCAGCAUAAGUAUGUACAAUCGCUUCAGUGUUUGUGUACUUGCAUAGAGUAUGUCUCUGGUCUUAUAUUUAUAUUCUAUAGACAUCUGAAGUGCCUGAAUAACUCACAGCUCAGGAGACUUUUUAUACUGUAUGAACUGUGUUUGCUUGCAUUCAGUUUAUGUGCAUAUUUCACUCGAUUCAGAAUAUGGACUUGUCUUCACAGGUGCAAUGAAAUAUUGGACAGAAACAUAAAUCUCUGUAAAUCUGUCAGAAAGCGGCUCGGGUGUAUGCAUGUGUAAGGCCUGGCAGUGUGUGCGUGUGAAGACCAGAGUCCUGUGCAACCGUGUUGUCCAGCGAACAGCCGCUGGUUCUGGGACUAAUUGGCUGGGACUGGUGCUUUACGACUCUUAGUGCAAAGUGCCUGUGAUUUCCAGCACCUCAUUAACAAAUAAUCCAAACGGAAAAGCCAUAAAGUGGCCGAUAGGACGCAGAGCGGCAGCUGUAUAAACGUUUAACUGCAUGCAGUAUGUAGAAAUGUUAAAGAAAGUAAAGUGAUACUAUGCAUGCAGUGACCCGCGGGUGACCCUGAUUUUAACAAUGUUCCACUGUGUAACAUUUAGAGUUUAUUUUUUAAAUACUGCUAUAAUCUGCACAAAAGUGAUGUUUUUGAUUUGAUCACUUAUAAAGUGUUUGUAAGUUAGUAUAAUUACAGUUUAGUACAUUUCAAGCAUUGUCAAAAGGGUAUUUGACGAUUUAAUGGCCAAUAAUGAGGAGCAGGUCUCCAGUGUUCUACAUCAUCAGAUCUGCAUGUUCAACAUUUAACUGUACACUACAUUUUUUUGUCAUUGGAUUAUAUUUCACCAUUUCCCACAGCAAUAUAAUGGAUAUACAGUGGGAUUCAAAGUAAAUGAGUUUCCAAAAGAACAACAACAAACAAUUGAUUUUCUCUUAAAACGUACAGGCUGGUCAACCUCUUUAUGGCAGAGAACUUAUAAAUGGAAUAAAGUCAAUACAACCAGUAAAAUAAAAGUGUAUAUAUAACUUAUUAUUGUACAUAUGCAUCAUGUAUAGAAGUAUCAACAAACAAAUAAAAGGAAAAAAAUAUAUAAUAUUGUUAUUCUGUGCUGUCUGAGUCAGAUGAUUGUAAAUUAAUUGUCUGUUCUUGCAUUUAUUCAAGUUCAAACUCAAACUGUUUUUAAAUCAAUAGAUUGCUUCUGUAAUAAACUGACUGUGAUGUGAAGCCAAUAAAACAGUUCAAAAGAGAUGAAUAGUACUGCGAGAAAUGCAAAGUAAAUGGAAAAGUAUGGGAAUAUUAAUCGAUGUACUUGAAUACUGCUAAAACAGUUUAGAACAGCUGGGGAUUGAGCAAACAAUGGCAACAUUACUAUAGGGUUAUUCUAUGUCAAAUCAACCAAAUUUCAGAAACUU